CCUUUCGACAUUCACGUCCGAGGUUUGUCGUCACUGCGCGCAUCUACGGAGACUUGCAAUUGAAUUGAUAUAGAAUCCUUCGAGAUGGCGAAUGACCCCGCGGUGGAGAUAGCCUCCGUGCUACAGUUCGCCCACAUCAACCGCCAGCCAUCACCCAGGCACGACAUCAACCCAUCGACAGCUGCGUCAGAGAAAGAGCCGGUCCGCCUCCAUUCACAGCACGACCCAGACGCAAUUUCAGAGGCCGAUGAAGAUGAGAUCCCCAUCAGCGUGCUACAGCCCCUCCCGAGGCGGAAGACGAUGCCACCUCUUCCCGACCUACGAUUCGAGCAAAGCUACCUGAAGAGCAUCGAACACGCGGAGAGCUGGAAAGGUGUUUUGUGGAUUACAUUCCGCGACCAGGUCCUGAUGUGCUUCACGCAAGGUAUGCUGUGGGCGCUCACGGUCAGCGGAUGGCAACAUUUCAACCGGAGCUCCAAGUUCAGCGGACAGACCAUGGGCGCGCGGAUACGACGGUGGUGGUGGGGCGUGAACAAGUGGUCGCUUCCGAAGCAGAACUCGGGACUAAGGAACAAGAAUCUGGGGAGGAAAGCUGCGGAGUAUUACAAGGAUCAGGCUGUCGACUAGAGAAUUUAAGAGAACAUGGGAGGAUAUACCAGCAUUAAAGGCGUUUUUAUUGGCGUGGAAUGUAUCCAUAUUCAAAAUCAUCAAAUCGUCAACGAAUCACAAAAUGGGAGUUUUCAAGCAACGAAUGAAUAUAACAUAUGGAUGGGUCAAAUUCCCUGUCGACAGAGGCCCUCUGUUCAACAUUCCCGUGAUUUAUUACAAUGACAUAGACUGAAUUCCCGUCAAACACAUCCAAAAAUGCGAGGAGCGUUUGCCUCGUUACAUGGAUAUAUGCUUUGAAGGGUGAUAUACGCCAUCAGAUGAAAAGCAAGUGGCCACUCUAAAAAGCAAGUUUUAGGAAUAUCGCGUUUCGAGACAGAUCGGACUACAAGAAUUCUAGUCGCAAUCAUUCAAUCUGCAGGAUCUAAACAAAAUCAACCACUGA